AAGGGGCACUAUGUGGCAGUCAAGUGCAACUCUGAGUCCGACUGUCGUGCAUGGCUAGAAGCCCUGCAGUCGCACUGCCAACAGGAUCCCCAACGCAGCUUUGUGCAGCCCGUUGAGAGGCCCCUGCCCUGCAGCAAGCGUGUUGUGAUAGUUGACCUGGGUGGAUGCUCGAUCCGGGCUGGAGUCCUCAUGGAACAGCCGGCUCUACCAACAGUCUACUUCCCAUCAGUCUGCAGUACAGACCGAACUACAGGCAAACGGUACUUUGGCCUGGAUGCUGUGAAGCCAGAAGUGCGCCGGAAUUCGCAGCUCAGCUUUCCCCUCUUGCCAUCGGCAAAAAUUUCGAAGGUACGCCGGCAUCCCCUGACCAAGGUGGGCAAGAUGAACGCAAGAGACAUAGGUGGCCUGCCGGCCUCAAUUUGCCUGAGCAUCGUCAAGCUAUACAUGAUCACGGGCACCUUGUGCUACAUCGAGUGUGACGAACACGGCGUGCUCGUGCGACUGUGGCUUGAAUCUCCAACGUCCACGGCAGGCAUUGUCGUCCCAGCCAGGACGAAGUACUUCACUAAUGCACACCCCUCAAUAGAAUUGACAUGGGUGCCCAUG